AUGAUUUUCUUUGCUGGUGAUAAAGAUUCUGGAAAAAUUCGUCUCACUCGAAAGGAUAUUGAUUCUAAAGGAUUAUUAUUUGAUGAAAGUGUUGUUGUAACUAUCCAAAAUAAUAAAAAGUGUAUUUGUAGAGUUUCUGGUUUUAGUGAUAGUAUUGAAGAAGGAUGUUCUAUUGAUCCAUUUGUUUGUAUUUAUCAACCUAUUGAAAGAAAUGAAAUAAAAAACAUUAAAUCAAUUGAAAAGAUAAAAGAGAUUGAAAAAUGUAUUUCUAUUAAUAUAUCUUUAUGUCCAAUAAAUACUAAUAAAUAUUCAUUUAAUAAUUCAAAAAAUAUUAGUAAAUAUCUUCUUAAUAUAUUAAAUGGACAAACCAUUUGUAUUCAUUCUAUCAUUCAAAUUCAUAUAUUAAAUAUUUUUGUCACUAUUCAAAAUAUUAAUGGACAAUUACCAAAUGGUUUUUAUUCUAUAACUAAAGAUUGUUCAUUUUCUAUUCAAAAUAAUAGUUUAUCUAUUCAAAAACCUAUUGGAUAUGAUUCUUUACUUGAAAAUAUUUAUUUAAUAUUAAAUAAUAAUAAAAUACUUCUUUUAGAAGGAGAACAUGGAAGUGGAAAAACUUUAAUUGCUAAAUAUUGUUCAUAUAAAAUAGGAAAACAAGUUUAUUAUUAUAAUUCAUAUCAAAUAAUUGAGAAUAAUAAUAUUAUUAAUUUAAAUAUUCAUGACUGUGUAAUUGUUCUUGAUGAUAUUGAUGAAUUAAUAAAAGAUUAUUCAUUAUUACUAAUACAUAUUAUUAAACAAUUAAAAAUUAAUAAUAAUUUAAUUAUUUGUACAACAACACAAACAAUACCAAAUAUAUUUAAAUCAAAUGAACUUAUUACUUCUUCACUUAGAAUUUCUCCUCCAAACCAAAUAAUUAGAUAUAAAAUUUUAGAUUCAUUAAAAUGUAAUUGUAAAGAAAUUAAUGAAAUAAUAUCAAAGAAAACAGUAGGAUAUUUACCAAAAGAUUUAUUAUUAUUACAAAAUGAUGUUGAAGCACAAUUUCAUGGAAAUGAAACAACAGAAGAAAAAAUAAAUAUUUAUUUCCAUUCAAUGACAUUUAUAACACCAUCAGUUCUUGUUGGAAGUGAAACAGAUUUUGAUAAAUUACAUUGGGAUGAUAUUGGAGGAUUAGAAAAUGUUAAAAAAGCAAUGAUAGAAGCAAUAGAAUGGCCUAUAACUCAUUCUAAAGAAUUUAAAAAACUUGGAAUUCGACCUUCUCAUGGAGUAUUAUUAUAUGGUCCAAGUGGAUGUGCAAAAACAAGUAUUGUUCGUGCAACAGCAACAAUGUUAAAUACUUCAUUUAUAACAUUGAAUAGUGCAACAAUAUAUUCACCAUAUGUAGGAGAUGCAGAAGCAAGUGUAAGAGAUACAUUUAAAAGAGCAAGAGCAGCAACUCCAUGUAUAAUUUUUAUAGAUGAAAUAGAUACUGUAGUAGGAAUUCGUUCAGGUGGAACAGGAGGUGAUUCAGUUAGAGAUCGUGUAUUAUCAACAUUAUUAAAUGAAAUGGAUGGUAUUGAAGAAGUUGAAGGUGUUAUUUUAGUUGCUGCAAGUAAUAGAAAAGAGUUAAUAGAUCCAGCAUUAUUACGACCUGGUAGAUUUGAUUGUUUAAUUGAAGUUCCUAAACCUGAUCAUAAAACAAGAAUUGAAAUAUUUAAAGUUGCAUUAAAAGAUAUUCCUAUUGAUCAGUCAUUUGAUUUUGAAUUAUUAGCUCAAUUAUCAGAAGGUAAAAGUGGAGCAGAUAUUAAAUGGAUUGUCUCAGAGGCUUGUACACAUACAUUGAGAAAUGACAUUAAUGCUUCUUCAUUAUCAUUCAACUCUUUAAUUGAUUUAUUAGAAUAA